CACAAGGGAUGGGCAUGACUGCUUGGCCAGGGAUGUAGUUUUUGGAAGGAUCCCAGUAUCCGGUGCUGACCUGUGGCCAAAAGCGGCCAUAUCGUUUGUUUUUGCUUGUAAUUCUGCGUCGUAUUUGUCGCCAACGUCGUGGUGGUCAAGGAAGGCCCUUGUUGAAUGGAAUGGCGAAAAUGCAGGAUUCGGGGCAGUUGAAACUCGGGGAAAUCAAGUCUUACAGCUGCUCUACUCUGGGAUAUACAUACUACCGUAUUGGGGGAGUUAUCAAAGCUGUUUCCGGCCCUGCGUCUUACAUAGCUCAAACGUCCUGGCUAAGGAUCACACCCCGUUUUUGUCUUCUGUUCUUCUUUAUAUGGUUGCCUAUCUGUUAAUUCUGUUGCCUAUAAGGAUGCGAAUCCCGAUUUGGUCCCCCCUCCCUUGGUUCUAGAACGUGUAUUCG